AUGUUCGUGCUAUUGGCCUUAGCUGCCAGUACCGUGCCCACGGGAGCUCGCCUCGAGGCUGGGCUGCUGCAGGCAGAGCCCGUUGCCAAGGAGCGCAGCCUGCGCGGCGGCAUGGCCAAGCGGUGGCCCAUCCUCGCUCGGAGGGUGGACCUCUCCCACGGUGAGCGCUACACCUCGACCGACUGGCUCACCAACUUCUUGUCAAUUCCCCGCUCGCACGUCCUCGAGCGUAUUGGGCCUCACCUUUGGUCCCAGACCGGGCUCUGCGCCCUCGUCGUUCUGCUUCACCGGCACGGCCUCCGCUUUCCCACGGGGUCGGCGAUGCCACACACGCUCCUUGGCGGCUUCCUCUCGCUGCUGCUCGCCUUCCGCACCAACAUGGCUUACAACCGCUUCUACGCCGGCCGCCUCAACUGGGGCGUCGUCAAGAACUCGUGCAGCGACUUGGCGCUGUACGCUGUGACGCACGUGCGGCCCCGCAGCCCCGCCCUCGCGGAGCGGCUGCUCGCGCUGGUCGCCUCCUUCCCACCGGCGCUCGCCUGCCGCUGCUGCUGCGACGAGUCGUCCGCCAAGCUGCCGCUGUCACAGCGGCAGGCGCUGUCGGGCGCCAUGGAGACCGCCGCACCGCACGCGCUCGCUGACGUCUCGCGGCGCGGCAGGCUUGUCCCGCACGCGAGCUCCGCCGCCGCCGUCGUCGAGACGCAGGUCGAGGCGGAGAUGCUGAUGCAGGCGUCGCGGCGCGUCGGCAGCCUCGUCGACGCGCUCGGCUCGUGCGAGAGCUUGCUGACGACGCCGGUGCCGCUCUCCUACUCGCGGCACACGAGCCGCUUCCUCACCAUCUGGUGCGGCACGCUGCCCGUCGUCCUGGUGGACGCCCUCGGCUGGAUGACCGUCCCCGCGGUCGCGUUCGUCUCGUGGUGCCUCUUCGGCAUCGAGGAGAUUGGCCACCUCAUCGAGCAGCCCUUCCGGGACGAGGAGGCGCUCGCCUCGGCGCCCGCGCUCGUCUCCGCCCGCCGCCACUACUCGUACGGCCUCCCCGUGCGCCGGCUCGGCCGGCUCGCCUCGGAGCAGGUGCACGCGAUCGCCGCUGCGCCGGCGCCGAGGUUCUAG